UUUCUAAUUACAGUUACUUUCGUUUUUCAUGGCCAUGGUAUAAGAACUAUUAUUAGGCUAUAAUAAGGCUAAUACUAAUACUAGACUAAUGGUUCACUAUCUUAAUUAGGCCUACAUAUCAUGUUUUAUCAUCUUAUUAGGUCAAGCAAGUCUACAUACUAGAAAUGCAUGAAGACGCAGCUGAAGAUAAGAAAACAAAAAUUUUAUGUGUUGGAAUGGCCUGUGUUGAUUUUAUAAAUGUUGUCAAAGAAUUUCCAAAAGAAGAUUCAGAUCAGAGGUGCUUAGUUACAUCUUAUUACUAAGUACCUCAUGCCUUUGAUUUAUCAAUGUUGUUAUAAAUUAUUUAAAACUUUUGGAGCAAAGUCACAUACAAAUAUAUGGCAACGUGUAUGAGUAUGAUUAUGACUAGUUACAGUUUGGGCUUUGGCCAGCUUUGCAUUUUUGCUUUUGAUCAUGGUGGUUUUGGAGGACAAACUUGAUUUGAUGUCAUUUUUCAUUUUAACGUCACUACAAAAUGAAAGAAUCCUAAUUAUUUCCUCCUUAUGGCCCAUUGGCAGCUGUACUCAACUGUACUGUUAUUAAAUUAAAUACAUUAGUUUAAGUCAUUGUUGCUUUAUUAAUUAUUACUACAAAUUUUAGUAAAAAUAAAUAAAGCUUUAUUGGUAUUAUUAUUAUAAUUAUACUACUUUACAUUAAGUCAAUGUAGAACCUAUAACUUGUAUAACACUCCUGAAUCUAAGUUAACCCACAAGGGCAAUGCAUAAAAAUUUUUUUUUUUUUCUCAGUAUUUUAAUUCUAUAAAAGAUCACACUUAUCAGGUCAUUGUGGUAAAUAACAAAUAAUUACUUGAGACUUGAGGUGUAAAACCUUACAAAAUUCAAAUCCAAAUAUUUCUUAUUCUUAGCAUAUUAUAUAAAAAAGAAUUUAAUGCAAUCUUAAUCUAAUAGCAAUAUAGUUAUAAUUAAAUUCUACCCUAUGUGGUUUAAAUAUAUAAUAUAUUGUUUCAAAUCAUUUUCUUUUUUUUAUAAAUUUUGUCAUACUCCAUAAUGUGGAUUUAUUUUUCUCAUCUCAUCUUAUUUCUUAAAUGCAGUUUUAUUAGAAAUACUUUCCAGGAUAUUGAACUAUUACUGGCAGAGGGGAGGGAAUGCCAGCAAUAACUGCACUGUUCUGUCCUUGUUGUCAGUCCCUUGUGAAUUUAUGGGUGUGCUGGGAACUCAAGGUGCAGAGGCUGAGUAUGAAACAAUUGGAAUAGUUGUAAAUUAAUAAAUAAUUUUAGUUUAUACUAAAUUAAUUUCAUAUGUUCUUAAAAACAAGUUAUGAUUCAAAGAUAGAUAACCAUAUCAAAGAGUUUUCUUAUAAGUUCUGAUUACCAGUACUCUGAUGUUAAAAUGAGUGGGAUACAUUUAAAAUUCAUUUUCUGAUUAUGGAGUAAUAAAAGGAAAAAAUUAAAAAAGACAAAUAAAGGAAUACCAUCAUUAAACUGUUGCACUUGACCUAGGGCCGGGGAUGCAAUAAAUAAACUAUUUAUUAUUCAGCUGUAUGUUGGCUUGAAUAUACUAAUAUGUCAGAAUUGGAUUGUUAAUUUGAUUAAUUGGGAUUGUUUUUCCAAUCCAUAAAUAGAUGGAUUAAAAGUGACUUUCAAGACUUAAGAAUUGACAUAAGCCAUUGUGAAGUAAAAGAUGUUCAUUGUCCUGUGGCCACUGUCAUACUAAACCAAGCCUCAGGUACCAGAACUAUUUUAUUCUAUCCAAGGUAAAUAAAUUACUUUAUUGAAUUCAUUCCUCUACACUUGAAGUUAAAUCACUUUAAAAUAUUUCAUAUAGAAAUUAGAGCAGGGACCCCAAAAAACCUGACCCACAUGCUGCAGUUUUUCUGGUUCUUUUGUGAAGCUUUGCGUCCCUUAGACUUAGAUAAGAUAAGAUUAGAUUCUUUUAUUGAUCCAAAUAAAUGGAAAUGAUUUUUGAUUGCAUUAUACAUUUUCAGCACAUAAAUUUGAACACAAGACAUUUACCGGGUAUAAUAAAUUAUUUCUAACAGCCAUUCAGUGAGUUCUCUUAGCAAAAUCGGGGACUUAUUAGUUCUCAUUCAGAUGUGUGACUUCAGAGGAAGCACGCCGGUAAAUUUGUACAGAUAUGGGAACAAAAGAAUUUUUAUAUCGGUCAGUCCUCGCCCUGAUGGAAUGAAUUCGUCCCGAACGACCCGAUCUUAAGUAUCUAGGAUGAAGAGGGUGGGAUGUAUCAUCCAAAAUGUGUUUAGUUUUGCAAAAACAUCUUUCUUCAAAUAGUUCUUCAAGUGAAUUAAUGUUUAGUUAGUGUUAUGUUUCUAGCUUUCUUGAUUAGUCGAUUUAUGUAGUGUUUAAUAUCAGACGUUGAAAUUCCACACCAGCAGGAAAUACUGAAAUUAAGUAGGCUUCCAAUAGUUGCAAUAUAAAAUAAGUUAACGAGUUGCUUGUUUACGCCAAAAUUGUACAGUUUUUUGAGGUAGAACAGUCUUUGGUUGACUUUCUUAUUUAGGAUUUGGCCGUGCUCAUGCCAUGUUAGCUUAUUAUUAAUGGUGACACCUAAGUACUUGUAUGCCUCCACUUUCUCUACACUUUGAUUUUUUAUGUUGAGAUCUGUAAUCGGGUGUUUCCCCCUCCUGAAAUUAGCUUAUCAAUGUGGCCUUGUCACACUUAGGGUUGGGAAACGUUGAUUUCAAUACUUUAUUUUGUGCGAUCUAUAUUGACAUUUACCUAUAACAUUCUUUUAAUUCAGAGAUAGGCCUGAGCUGUCUCAUGAAAAUUUCCAGAGGAGUUUUUGUUCUGACUUCUCACCAUACUUUUGGAUUCAUUUUGGGGUAAAAAUAUAUGUCCUUAGUGGAGGAAGAAAUUUAUCAUUUGAUCAAAAUUUAAUCUAAUAUCAUCAUUAUUAUUUGAUCAAAAUCUAAAGUCUACAUUAAAAUUUUAUCAGAAUCUAAUGUCUACAUUAACAUUUGAUAAGAAUCUAAUAUCUACUUUAUAAUUUGAUCAGAAUCUAAUGUCUUCUUUAUCAUUUGAAUAUAAUCUAAUGUCUACUAUAAUAUGUGAUGAGAAUCUAAUGUCUAUUUAAAUGUAUACUAAUGACAGACUGAUGAAACAUUACUGUUCAAAUCCUUAAGAUAUGCAGCAAUGUCAGUGACAUCUCGUCUAUGAUAGAUGACAUCAUUCAAUACAAAUCAGAUAAAAAACAUAGAAGAGCACUUAAUGAGUUGAAGAGUGAACCGAUUGUGUCAGUUGAAGUGGAAAAACCUGAGCUUACGGAUGCAGGUUUUGACAUUUUUCAUCCUUUGUCAGCUAAAGCAAUUUUUUUUAAGUUUUAAAUAAUGAAUGACAAUAAAGGAAGGGGCAUAAUGAUUUUUUUCAAUAUAACUCGAAUAAUUGGCGUGGUGUCAAUCCUAAGAGGCUGUGGUAAUAUUUUAUGCCUACAAAUCAUGUUAAGCAUACAAGGGUAGUUUUCUCUUGUGGAUAUGUCAUAGCCUGACAAUUGAAAUAACAAAAUAUCAUUUUCUGUUGCUGAAAUUAUAUUUUACCUAUCGUCAAAGAAUUUCCAAAAAUCUCUUGCUCCUUCCUGAAAAGUUGAGCUCCAUAAAUUAAGUUACUCUGAAAUUCCUAAAAUGGGCUAUUUAUAAAAAGAACUUACAACGAUACUUAUCCUUCCUAUACAACACUUAAAAGAUAUGAGGGUGAAAUUAAAUGUUAUAAAUUAUAAAAAAUAUGAAGCAAAAUAAAAUUUGUUAUAAAAGUUUUAUGUGGGUAAGAUGAAAUAUUAUGCUAACAAGAGUCUUUAUUGAAAUUUCUUUAUUUUAUUCCACAAGAGAUUGUUAUGAAGAAGGCUGACAUUGUGUUCAUUAGUAAAGAUUAUGCCAGCAGUAAAGGUUACUUUGAUCCCAUCCGUGCUGUGAAGGAACUUUACCAAACAUGUAGACAUAAGUACGAAACUUUUCAUGUCAUUAUGUUGUUGUCCAUAUGUUUAUUAUUUUAAUGAGAAAUAAAUCAAAGUCUUGUGUUAACUCUUACUCUGUGGAUCAACGCUCCGAUCGUUGAUUUUAAAUGAAGUUUUUUUGGGAUUGGCGAUCGUCGAUGCAUAAAAACCAGUUUGUUUUGUUUCCUUUCUUAGCUAUUAGUUUUAAAUUACUUUCAAUCGAAUCUAGAAAUAGUUCCCUUUCAUAAACAUUCAGAUUGUAUUAUUUUCAACGAGUUUUGACAGAAAAUUAAGUGUUUUGAUCAUCUCCUUUAUUUUUGUUUACAAACGUGAAAUCUCGACCUGGACCAUCUAGCGAUCAAUCUAAUACUAAUAAAGGUAGAAAAUAUUACAUUGAUGAUGAUUUCAGAUGCAGAGACUGAUUCUGUGGAAUCAUAUAAUCCUAGUAAUAGUAGUAUUUGUACUAGUGACGAAAGAAAUAAUGAAUUGAUAAUUCAUCAGCUGAUGAACAAACAGCCCGGCCCCCAGCUAAAGUGCCUUCUAUAAGAGCUAAUAAUGUUCCUAAUAUAAAUAAUGUAGAAUCUAAUAGAAAAGCUGCUGAUCUUAGCACUAAGACUGAGUGCAGUUUCAGAUUUUUAACUUUGUAAAAUGUAGAUGUAAAUUUGGAGAUUGUAUUGUGACUAGAAAGUCAAAUGAACUUGACUGGUUUUUUUUACUUUGCUAGACACUCACAUUAUUCACAAACUUUUAUUCUCAAUAAAUGAGUAAGCUUUCUACAGAAUUAAAAUCAACACUCCAACAUGCAAGAGAUUUAUUUUUAGAGACUGGCAAGCUGUCAAUAAUUAUGAGACCUACAAAUUUCUAGCACUAACAACAAUGAUGACAAUGAACUCUCAUCCAUUUGUGCAUAACAACUAUGCAAAAUAGAGAUUUCAGUCAGAAUAAGGAAAAUAAUCCCGGAGACAAAGAGUUAACAGACUUUCCAAUGUUAACAAAAUCAAAUUGCCAAUGUUAACAAAAUCAAAGUCUUGUGUUAACGGACUUGCCAAUGAUAACAACAGUCGAAGUCAUAAUGCACGUUAGUUUUCAUUGUUGCUCUCAUAAUACAUUUAAAAAAAACAGAAAUUGUUAAUAUUUUCUAUUUUUUCUCUAACAUCAUGACAUAAUAGGAAGGGUAAUGAAUUCAGUUGCAGAUUUUUAUGUGAGAAAAGAUAUGUGGCUUGAUAUAUUAAUUACGGCUCUCAUAAUUUGUGUAUCCACUUCAUAUCAGUAUCAGAACACGUUAAAGUUCUCAAUGUCUGUAAUUAAACUUGAUUUUAUUUGUUUAAAUCUCUUAUUUUUCUCCAGCGCAGUUCUUGUUUGUCCAUGGGGUGAGAAGGGAGCCGCAGCUUAUCUUAACCACAGCAUUGUUACAUCACCAGCGCUGAGUGACAUCACUGUCAUCGACAGCCUCGGAGCAGGGGAUACAUUUGUAGCAGGAUUCAUGGCCAGAUUAUGGAAAAACAAUUUCACGAUAGCCUCACAGGAUUCUAAAAAUGACAGUGAGACUUUGGGUGUGAUUAAAGAUGCACUUGACUUUAGCUGUGCACUAGCAGGACAAAAGUGUUCAAUGUUUGGCUAUACUGGCUUGAAAAGUUAUAAAUAAAAACAUAAAAUAUUUAAAUUAUUGAAGAUCUUCAUUUAUUUGAAAAUUGUUUAUCUGUGUUCAUUUACUUGUAGAUAUUUAUCAAUAUUUAAGAAUUUUGAGUUAUUCCUUGCGACUAAAUAAAUUUUAUUUACUUCUUUUAUUACUUUAGACUAAGUCAAAAUUUCUCAAAGUUCUGCUCAUCCAGAAGCCGAAGUUUUAUAUUUUAAUCAUCUAACGUUUGGCAAAUCUUAAAAUUAUCUUAACUAAAACAUUUAUAGAUUGAAAGCGAAUUAAAAAUAAACAUGCUUACUUACACAGAUCCAGAUUAUGAGAUUUAAGUUUACUGUUAAUUGUUGUACUGAUGAAGGCGACGGCCGAAACAAUCAAAUUUGUAUUUUGUGGUAUGAUCAUUGAAGCUUAUAAAGACCGUUUCAUUUACACUGAUUGUUUGUGUCCCAGUGUCCUAAUUAAAGGCUUCACUGAUAAAACUUUUAUAUAUGAUCACACAGAUCAUCAAGUGCAAUAAUUUUAAAAUGAGAAAUGUUUUUUUUAGACAAGAAUUUGUUAAAGCUUGUUUGAUAUAUUGGUUAGGGCACUAUGAUUACUAUGAAGGUUAUUUAGGGCAUUGUGCUGGUUGUCCCCCAAUGUUGAUCCCCAAUCUAGCCAAUUUUUCCUCUUUAAUUUCUUUUGUUAGUAAAUAUCAGAGCUAGUAAGAUCUUCUUAAUUUGAAAACAAUGUUCAUUUGCAAAAGGUUAUAGUAUCUUGCAGUAAGAAAAUGUUUGAUCUUAUUUGUUGCAAAAUGACAUUUCCCUCAACUUAACUUGAAAUACAGGUAUUAUUAUGCAC